AUGGCAGAGAUUUACUCGCAAGGACCGUCAGUAUCCGAUCCCCGGGAGAACGACGACCAUAAGCGUUGGAUUCUAUUAGCAAACAGUCACGAGAACAAUGAUGCGUCAUCGAUGCGAUUCCGUCGAUAUACAAGCGGCGAGUCGAUGAUCGAGCCCGAUAAAUGCCGGCCACCUUCCUUCGGCACAUUUCACGACGAACGUCCGUCUCGGGAUACUAUUCGCAUAUCUAAAUCCAUAGAACGUCCUGGUCCGCACAAUUCCCAAGAUUGUUACCAGUCCAUUCAAGAAAUGCAUAUCGAGAAAAACAUGUCGGAUGCCAACGAGGAUUUGUUUAACGCAUUAGCAUUAUUGCAUUCGACCGAUGAAAAUAGUGGCGAAAAGCUUCGUCGAAUGCUGGACGCUUGUAUCGAAAAGAAAUACGGCCCCGGUAAAACUUUGGCUGCUAGAAUGCCGAGAAGAUUUUUGCAAAAUACUGACAAUGCUUCGAGAAUCUCGAAGAAACGCGACUACGUCCAAGGACGAUGCGUCAAAACGGUAAAAAAUGAAACUUGGGACGAUCCAGAAGUCAUCUCUCUUCUGGAACCUGACACAACGGAGAACAUGAUGAACUAUCAAACAACUGACAUAAAAGUGUUCAAUUACGAGGAUUCCUGCGACGAUCAGAACGUCCCCAGGAUCUCGAUUCCCGACGAAGGAUCCGUCGAUGGAACCCUAUGCAAGAUUUGCAAUGGCGCAAAAUUGGGAGCUUUGAUUUUACUGGAGUGUCAAGAGUGUCAAGAGGCUUAUCAUCCGCUGUGCCAUCAACCUCCGGUCAUCGAUAUUGACGUUUACGAUCCUAGAUUCGUAUGGCGAUGCAAACGAUGCGCGGAAACGUCGUCAGCGAUCUCUACAAAAGUUAAAAUUUUGGAAAAGAGAUGCGUAGGAAAAAAAAUUCGGAGAAACGAUGAUAUGAUCAAAGGGAACGCAAACAUUUCGGGAUUGAAAAUGUCUGGAACAAGAGACGGUAAUCUAUCUGAGAAGAAUGAUUCGCGAGCAGAAAAUAGACGCGUGCAGUUACAUGAUUCUCUAUUAUUCACAAAGGAUUUAGCGAAUCUCUCGCAAAGAAAUGGAAGUCUAUCAUCCUCUACACAAUCACGAAAGAGAAUCGGAUCUAAACUCUCCGUUACUCGUACUUCGAUUAAAUGA